UUUAUGAGUUCUUUGCAGCAUUUAUGUCCAGAACUUAAUUCCUUUCGGCAAAAAACAGUUCACUUAUUUCUCUCUCUCAACUAUUCAGUUCUUCCGGCAAAAAUUUAACUCUUUCAGCUUCCCUUUUCAUCAAUAUAUAAAUUUCUCUUCCCUUCUUUUGCAUUUACUCAUUUCUUUUCCUUUCUCUUCCCUCAAUUACAGCCAAAAAAAGCGUUAAAGAUUGAUUGGUUUAUAUAUUGAUGGAUCGACUCUUCCUCUACAAGCUCAUGGACAAAAACUCCUUCAUCAAUGUCUGCAUGACUAAACCCAAGGAGGAAAACCACUGGCCCCUAAUUUAUCAAACCCUUCUUCUGUAUCAAAGAGAUGAGCUUGUAGUCCUCUUAGGUCUCCUAUUGGUCAUAGGUGUACUCCUCCUAUUUGUACAAUUGCUCGCUCACGUUCUCGAUCAGCUUCUCCAUGGAGAGGUCGAGCACCAAUUGGAAAACAUGGGCGGUCAUCAUCCUACUUUGGAUCACCUAGUCCACGCAAGUUACCUCGGAGAUCAAGAAGUCAUAGCCUGAGAAGGUAAUUUCUAUCUGUGAAUGGUUUCACUUUUAUUCAUCUAAAUACAUUUUAUUUCUCUUCUAAUGGGGUUUUAGCUUGGAUGGCUCUUCCUCUACCCUUGGGAUGGAGGGUGAGAUCAUAGAUUCAAAACUCACCAGGCAUUUGUCUAACUUUGCAAUGAAGAAAAAUAAAUUUACUACUCACUUUUAUGGGCAGAGAGGAGGAUAUGGGGUUUGUGGUCAUAUCAUAAUUUUAUAUAUUUGGCCAGUCUCCUGUCCUCUCCUCUCCCUCCAUCACUCUUUAUCCAAACAUGAGAUUUCAACACGAUGAAUUUCAUUCUUAUGCGCUAGGUAUAUGAGCUUGCAAGAUGACCUUCAAUUUUCAUGUGAUGAGUCCAAGAUGAAAAUGUCUUUCUUGUGUCCCCCACCCCCAGAUCAAAUUAUGAUUUUCAAUAACAUCUAGUUUAAGUUUGUAUUAAUAUUUAUACUCCAGAACUAUUGGAAAUAAAACUCCAAACUAUUAAAUGCUUGUUCCCUUGAGAAUUUUGAUUUCCAAAUGGGACUCUCAAUGUGAUAUGGAGAAGGUAAAAUAUUUUGGUGGUUGCACUUGGGAAAAAUAAUUAAGUGGGAGUUUUUUCAGGUAUAUAACAUUAAGUUGGGAAAUGUAUAGAAUUCAAAGCAAUGGAUAUCACUGGAGAGAGCUCAAUGGAAAUUUCCUCCCACCAAAGAGGUAGUUUUAAAUUCUGUAAAAUACACAUGAGGGAGCAAGCUGUUGCUUUCCAUGAGGAGAUGGAAGUUGAGUUGGCAUUUGAGUUUCAAAAAUGGAUUAGAGGAUAUUUUAGGCAAUCAGGCUGGCUUUAGAUUUUGGUUUGUACUUUUUAGUUCAAUAUAUAAGCACUGAUGAUGAUGAUAAUAACAUGAAUAGGCUACAACUUGGGAAACUUUAGGUUGGUUAAUUCAUGGUUUUCUACUACUACAAUGUUAUGUUGUCAUCAUCUAGUUUUGAGUCGACUUAACUGGCAUUUUCAUUAUGUAACCUUCACUGCUAUAUCAUAAUGUCUGUUCUACCAUUUCUUGUGGACUGCAUAACUUGCAUGAUUCCAGAGUGCUUCACUAGACUGUUUGGAAUUUUGUGGAUAUAUCAUAGGGUAUUGAUUCCCUUGGUCUCACCUUAUUGGCAAAGCUAUGUGUAUUAUUUAUCCAAAAUAAAAAUCAUAAAUCUCUGCACAUUUGUAGUUUCUCUUCUUGCUGUUGAUGUCACACAUUUUUUAUAAUACUGCAUUUUAUUCUUCGAGGAGACAUUUCUUAAUUUUUAUGCAAAUAUCAAGUCAUUUCAUUUAGAGCAUCGAAGGUUGUUCUGCCAUAAUAUUUCAAAUCUUUAAUGCAGUGAACCAUUUUUUAUAUCUUCAUGUGAAAUCAUUGUGUGUUGUGGUAAUGCCUGAUUUGUGAUGACUCUCAAACCAAAUAGUGUAUGUCUACCAGUAAAAGCAAGUUAAAAAAAAAAAAAAUGGAACGAUUUUAUUGUCCAAUUUUCCACAAAAAAAAUAUUAUUGUUAGUGUGUUUAUCUUAUUUUACUUGAUUAUAACCCCUUUAGAAAUAGCCAACAAAAUCCUUAGGUGGCAUCAUUUUGGGUGAUUAUGCCACAUGAACAAAAUUAACAAGUAUCCUAACUAGGCAACCAUUGCCAUGUAGAUGAGGUUACAGUUUGUUGCAGCUAAAUAAUUUGAUAAUUUAGCCUUUUCUCCUUUUUGACAUUUUAUGUCAAUACAUGUUUCUUAAGAAGCAAAGUACAUAAACUUAAGGUGGCACUGGUGCAAUUAGAAGUCACAUGAAUAAAAAUAUUGAAUUUCCUCUAACCAGACUCGGUGGGAUAUUGUUGAACUCGGGUAGGAAAGAAAAUGUAGUAUAUGUGAGCUAAAUCUAUACUAAUAUAGAAAACCAACUGCAUUCGGUGUGAAUUUUUAUUUUUUU